UAUCCCUGGCGCUGUUCAGGGUCCCCUGUGCCCUCUCCAGCUCCGUGUCCAGCUCCUGCCUCCGGCCACGGAGCCGCUGGACAUCGGCCUGGGCGUCCUGCAGGCGCUGGGCCAGCCUGUCCUCGGCCUCAGCCAGGCCUGGAGGGAGGCAGCACGGUCAGCUUGGGGGAUAUUUUGGGGUGCAGCCAGGACGUUUUGUGGGUCACCCACCCUCAGCCAGCUCCCGGGCUCUCCUCUGUGUGUCCAGCAGCUUCGUGUCCAGCCGCUCCCGGCGCUCGAGCCCCCGGCGCAGCAGCUCCUCGGUGCAGCCCGAGCUCAGCUCCCGCAGCAGCUCCUGGCUCAGCUCCUCCACCUCCUCCACCGGGGGAAACGCCCCGGCGUCCUGGGGAAAGGCACGGGGGGGGGAAGACGGGGAUGGAGAAAUAGAAAGGAUGGAGAAAGGACAAGGGAUGGAGAAAGGGCAGGGAAAUGAAAAAUAACGGGGAACAGAGGAAUAAAAGGGAGCGGAGGAAUACAAGGGAUGCUGCCUGCUGCCCAGCACGGGUGUUAAGGGAUAUUCCCACAAGGAGGUGUUUAAUGAGAGCUGGGGUUAGGGAACAGGGAAAUGGGAUCGGGGAUGAGGGGCACAGGAUCCCCACGGGAUCAGGGGCAGCCCCGAGGUUUUUUUUGGGGGGGAAACGUCCCGGUUUGGGGUCUGGGCCCGGGACAGAAGCCUGAGGGGGACACGGGACCCCCGGACCCGCCGCGCGCCGGCACCGCGCUAGUGCCCCCCGUCCAUUACCGGGGUCACCUCCUCUCUCUCCCCGCUUGUUACCGGCCCCGUUUUUCCCCGUUUUUUCUCUCAGUUUUUACCAUUUUCCCCUUUUCUCUCGGGGCUCCCUCCCGCGCUCAGAGUUUGAAUGGGCGAGGCCUCUCCGCGCAUGCGCGACUCCGCCCACCCCCGCGCCGCAUUGGUUCUGCCCGCCGUCCCCAUCCCCCCCACGCCGCGGUGGUUUCGCCCGCUCCGUGUGUCACUCCGUCCGCGUUCCCCCCGGCCCGCGGCGCCGCCGCUUUGGUUCCGCCCCCCCCCCCUCGGUGCCCCUCCGGUGAUGGCGGCGGCGGCGGCGGGCGGAGCGGGCCGCGGGCUCUGGGGCCGCCUGGGGGACACCCGGCUCGGCCGCUGGUGCCGGGCUCUGCUCCAGGACUAUUCCAGCUCUCUCCGCGAAGCCGCAGCCGGAGCUCGGCGCCGUCCCGGGCUGAGCGCGGCCACUCUGCUCGCCCUGGGGCUCGGGGCCAGCUUGGCCAACUCCGUGCCGGACCUGGACUCGCUGGAGAGCGCGGCGGUGGCCGCGGGGGCGACUCUGGGGCAGCUCCCGCCGGGUUCUCGCAGCCCCCGCUCCGAGCGCCACGUCCUGCGGCUGCUGCGGCUGCGGGAGCGCGGCCGAAUCCGCGUCCGAAAUUUGGGAUUCGUGGCCGUGGCCGGCGCCGACCCCCACGGCAGCGACCCCGCGCUCUACUCGGCGAGGUGCCCGCACCUCCGCCCGCGGCCGUGGGAUUUCGGGGAGCUGCUGGAUUUGGGGUUUUUGGGGCGCUGGUGGUUCCUGCGGGACGCGCUGCGGGACUGCGACAUCAACGAGGAGGAGUUCGGGCACCUCCCGGAGCCGCUGCGCCGCCUCGACCGCAGCCAGCUCCGCUCCGAGCACAACGAGCGGCUGCACCGGGAGCGGCUGCGGGCCGUGGUGCUGAGCGAGGCGGAGAUCGGCGAUGAGGGGGUCCCCAAACCCCGGGAUUUGAGGUAAAAAAUGCCUCGUUUGUACACUUCAUGUGUCCUUUCCCCCUUUUUCGCAGCUCGGCGGGCGUAUAAAAGUUGUCGUG